AUGCACAUGUCUACCCCAAGACCAUCCUUCCAAAGCGCCCGCAUCCACUACCGCGCCAUCCGCCUGACCGACACGGCCAUAUUCGACCUCCUCGUAAACGACGUCCCGGGCUUCGCAAACACAACCUUUGCAAACGCCAAACCCCCCAGCCCCGACGAAGCAGAAAAGUUCCUCAAAGAAACCACCGAAGACGCCCUCCUAGCCGUAAUACUAUGGCUCCCCCCCACACCCACCUCCGAAGUUGAACAAGAACUACAAACCCGCCGUAAACAAGGCGACGACAUCACAGACCCCAACUUCGGCACCGCAAUCGGCAUCCUGCACCUCCGCGGACCCGCCCCCCACGAGCAGCACCACCGCACCACCGACGUCUGUAUCGACAUCCUGCCGCAGUACCGGGGUUACGGCUACGGCUCGGAGGCCAUUCGUUGGGCCAUGGAUUACGCGUUCCGCCGCGCGGGCCUGCACAGCAUGCGCAUGCGCGCCUUUGGCUGGAACAUGGGCGCCAUACGGCUGUACGAGAAGUUGGGCUUUAUCAUGGAAGGGCGAGAGAGGGAGGCUGUGUGGUUUGAGGGCAGGUGGUGGGAUUCGGUUACGCUGGGUAUGUUGGAGGAUGAGUGGCGGGGGCUGCAGAUGAGAGGGGUGGUUUAG